AUCUCGGGCGCAAGGUGGUUCUCUUGUUCUGGGAGGACGUCAUAUGACAUCCUCCCAUUCUCACUGCGCAUGCAGGGGACAUGUACACUGAUCAUCAGGGCACUGAUGAUCAGUGUGCCCUGAUGAUCAGUGUAGCCCCAGCAGUGCCACCUGUCAGUGUCCAUCAGUGCCUUAUGUCAGUGCUCAUCAGUGCCUCGUGCCAGUACCCAUCAGUGCCACAUCAGUGCCUACCAGUGCACAUUAAUGCCACAUAUCAGUGCCCAUCUGAGCUGCCUUUCAGUGUCACCCAUCAGUGCCACCUAUCAAUGCCAAUCAGUGCUGCCAAUCAGUGCCACCUAUCAGUACGCAUCAGUGCCGCCUAUCAGUGCCAGUCAGUGCUGACUAUCAGUGCCAGUCAGUGCCGCCUAUCAGUGCUGCCUAUCAGUGCCAUAUAUGAGUGCCAUGUAUCAGUGCUGCCUUUCAGUGCCCAUCAGUGAUGCCUGUCAAUGCCCAUCAGUACCACCUACCAGUGCCUCCUCAUCAGUGCCCAUCAGUGCCACUUAUCAGUGUCCAUCAGUACAGCCUAUCAGUGCCCAUCAGUAAAGCCUCACUAGCGCACAUCAGUGAAGGAGAAAAAAUCACUUAUUUACAAAAUUUUAUAACAAAAACUAAGAAAAAACAUUUUUUUUUUAAUUUUCUGUGGUUUUUGGUUUGUUUAAGAAAAAAUAA